ACUUCCUCGUCAUCUUCGGGAGCUAUAUUUCCUCAGGGGGGGCUGGGAGGCGCGCCAUUGCAGUUUUCAUCCAGCGGCGGGGAGAUUCUCAUUCUCUUACCCGGAGAUGAGGAGCAAGACGAAGGGGAGGCUCUCGAGGAUUGGGAGCUACGCCAUCGCCUCUUCAGUCGGCGACCACCACUCCCAACCCUGCAUUACCUGCACCACCUUCAACAUCCUCGCCCCGAUCUACAAACGCCUCAAUCAAAAGGACCCGAGUUGUCGUGAAAGUGAUUACCGAGCCUAUUGGUUGACGAGGAAUCAGAGGAUAUUGGAUUGGUUGCUGUGCGAGAGGUCUUCGAUCAUUUGUCUCCAGGAGUUCUGGGUCGGAAACGAAGAGCUUGUCAAUAUUUAUGAGAAGAGGCUCGGUGACGCUGGUUAUAUAAACUUCAAGCUCGCGCGAACCAAUAAUCGUGGAGAUGGGCUGCUGACUGCUGUACGCAAAGACUACUUCAGAGUUCUCAACUAUCGGGAAGUACUCUUCAAUGACUGUGGAGACCGAGUCGCUCAGAUGUUGCAUGUCGAAGUAGUUGCACCCUUCCCAGAAUGCCGAAGCAACGAUAUCCACCAAGAAAUCCUCAUUGUGAAUACCCACUUGUUAUUUCCUCACGAUGCAAGUCUGUCUAUAGUCCGCCUGCAUCAGGUUUACAAGAUCCUGCAAUGUGUGGAGUCCUAUCAGAAAGAAAAUAAACUGAGUCCUUUGCCAAUUAUUCUAUGCGGUGAUUGGAAUGGAAGCAAAAGAGGGCAUGUAUACGAGUUCCUAAGAUCCCAGGGGUUUGUAUCCUCUUAUGACACUGCUCAUCAGUAUACUGAUGCAGAUGCUCACAAGUGGGUCAGCCACCGGAAUCAUCGUGGGAACAUAUGCGGUGUGGACUUUAUCUGGCUUCUUAAUCCCAUUAGCUACAGGAAGCUGCUAAAAACAAGUUGGAGUGAAGCAGUGUUCGGCAUGUUCAAGUAUUUGCUCCGGAAAGCCUCGCUCACGGAUAAGGAUGCUUUUGCUUUCCUGAAGGAUGGUAAUAAUUGUGAUUAUGUCACCUACUCUGGUUUCUGUGAAGCACUCCGUCUGCUUAAUUUAACUGGCCAUAAGCAUGGGCUCACAGCUGAAGAGACGGUGGACUUGUGGGUCCAAGCAGAUAUAGAUGGAAACGGGGUUGUUGAUUACGAAGAGUUUCAGCAGCGAAUAUGGAAUCCCUGGUCAGAGCAAAGGUCCGAAGAGUGUGAUAAACUUGAAGAUGGAAAGGGUGACAGGAAGCAAACCAUCGGUUUUAGUGUGAAGAAUGCGGUUCUCUUCCCCCCAGAAGUGGAGAAAGGAAGGUGGCCUGAGGACUAUUCUCUCUCAGACCACGCUCGGCUCACCGUGGUGUUCUCACCAAUAAGAAUGCCAUGCUCACAGUUGACAACGUGACAGUGUAUCAGUAUAGAAAUAGGCAGCGUUUGCAUAAAAGGAUCUCAUAAGAAUAUAAGGAUGAGGAAAUCUCGAGCAACAAAAGGUGGAAUUUUCAAAUAAAUAGCAGCCAAGCUAUGUGCCUAGGAAUUCCCGCUGCUUGUUCUCGGGGAUGAGUCACAUUGGAAUCGAGAAGGCUGACAGAAGUCUUGAUGGAAUAAGGGACGACCUUGAGAUAUGGAUGCUGAGAAUAUCCAUCAGAAAUCAAUCCCAGGUUUCCUCCGAAUCAGGGAGCAGUCUUUUUGUGUUAAGGCUGAUGGUUUCUUCCUGUUAAAGCAACUUCCAAGAUAGGCCGUAUAGCUUUCGCAUACUGCUCUAUAUGCACUCUCACGUCCAGAUCGGCCGAGUUACCACUGGCGCACUCUUCACUUGCACAGCACAAGGAAAGACAAGAAAGAGAAUGACAAAGGACAGUAGCUAUGUGUAUACUUCAUGUGGAUAUACAGUUAGCUUUGUAGGUGAGAGCUUUGGGGAGUUCACUUCCCAGUCUCUAAUGAAUUUUGGCCUUGCCAAACUUACUCACUAAUUAAAAUUGUACAGACUAUUCACCUCGGGUUGUCCCGAGAUUCCCAUUUCCCUCGCAUGUGUGUGCGUGAAAUUUCGUCACUUGAGUUUCUCAAUGCCUUCCCUAUAGUCAGGCUUCACUACCAGAGCUCGCAUGGAUUCUGCCAUGACAAAGGUUCGAAGAGUUGAAAUUGUAUGGACAAUUUAUCUCAGAUUUUAUUGGAUCAGACUUCCCU